CCACUUUAGCACUUCUAAAGUGAUGCUCAUGGCCAUGGCUGUGGCACUCCCUCCCUGUGAUCAUCUCUUGGUCGACGACGACGACAAAGAGUACAUAGACAUGGACUUGAGCUCCACCAAUGCCACCUCGCCUUGCCCCAAAGAGUUUGAAUUCAAAAUGUGGCACAAAGGUUCAGAGAGGGACCCCUCCAGCUCCCCCGCUGAUGAGCUCUUCUACAAGGGGAAACUCCUUCCCUUGCUCCUCCCCCCGCGGCUUCGCAUGGUCGAAAACCUCGAAAGCCCAGCCCCGACAGCUCCGGCUACCCUAGCAAACAGAAACCGCAGCCGCAAAAAGGCCUUUUCUGAAAAAUUGAAACUGAAGCUGAAGGCCUCUCAAUCCUACCUCAAGGCUUUGUUCACUAGAGACCCACACAAGGCAGUGGAUGAGGAGGAAUUGGCCUGCAGGAGGUCCUUUUCCGGGGCCACCAUUGGCCGGAACUCGGCCGCCAAAUCCCCGUCGUCUUGCUCUUCCUCCUCCUCCUCUUCUUUCUCAUGUUUCAACUCGCAGAUCGUGCUGAAGAGGAGCAGCAGCGCGAGCUCGGAGAUGGAGAAUUCAAUCCUUGGGGCCAUUGCCUACUGCAAAGAGUCUCAGCAGCAGUCCAACGCAAGAAUGUGCUCCAUGGCCAUUGCUUUUGGGCUUCAGGAGAGGCCAAGGCCUUGCAACAACACCGCAAAAUGAUCGAUGUCGACGAAUUUGUGUUCUGAUUGUUUAGGUUUGUAGAAUUUGGUGAACUUUGAGAUGGAUCUUUAGGAUCAUGAUGGAUCCAAAAUUCUACAUGUAGUGUAAUGUCUUUUCUGUAAUUUAGGUGUCAGAACUUCGCUUCGCCUUAUAGGUAGACUCUCUUCUCCUUAUUUUGACUAUCAAAUAAAUUAGAGCACAGCUCUUAUGUAUGAUACACUGAGUAUGAUAGGACCCUGAAGUUAGUUUUGAU